GUGUGGUCAGACAACUUGUGACAGCUUUGAAGAUCACAACCUGAUCACGUACAACUCAAUUUGAAGAUGGACAAGCAACGGAGUACUCCAAAUAACAACAACCCAUUUAAGGACAGAAAAGAGUCAUCAGAGGAUGCAUGUUGCCAAGAAGUCCGGCUCACUAUCUUUGAGGAACACAUGUCCCAAGCAGAAUUAGAUGAGCUGAAAAUGUGUGCUGAUGGUUCUGCUACUUUUGAAGAAAUGGCACCAAAACUGACAUCAAAACUACAAGAUGCAAAAGACGCCAGUGUUACCUUUGGCAUUGUUGGUGAUGCAGGGGCGGGGAAAAGCACUUUCAUCAACUCUUUCCGUGGUUUAAGACCCGAUGCUGAAGGUGCCGCCGAAGUCUCAGCCGUCCGCCACACGACCAACGAAGUCACGCGGUACCCUGUACCACACAACAAAAACAUUGUCUUUCUCGACUUUCCUGGAGUCCUCUUCCGAAGCACAGAACAUGGUGUGGUAGAAGAGUUCAACACGAAAAGCUACCUCGACCUUUACGGCGCACACAUGGAACAAUGUGAUCUCUUCCUCAUAUUCGUUACACUACGAAUGAGCAACAACAUCAUCUGGAUUGCAAAAGAAGCCAGAAAAAUGGAAAAGAGUGUCUUUUUCGUCCGGUCAAAAGUUGACAUUGACUUAGCAAAUGAAAGCAGAGAUCACCCCUGGCGUUUUCCCAAAGGCACCUCCCAUACCACAGAGGAAGCACAGAAAUUUCUCGGAAAACUGCGCCAAGCUACAGCACAGGAGCUGAACAGGCUUGGGUAUGGUGAGGUCAAAGAGACAAAGGUGUUUGUCAUCUCUGGGGUACUGGCGGAUGUACAUGCCGGUACAUACGACAUGUCCAAUCUUCGGAUAACUAUCUACAACACAGUGUCGCCAGACAAACAAGCAGUUCUCAUCACCAGCUUGCCAGACUUUGCAAUUGACUCAGUACAUCACAAAGCAAAGAAUCUCAGAUCGCGGGAGGUUAUUGGAGCAAUCGUUUUGAAUACAGCUGUCAGCGCUGCCCCUCUGCCAGGACUUGGGGUCGCCAUGGAUAUCGGAGUCCUCGUAGGAGGCUACCAUCGCGUCAAGGCAGCAUUGAGUCUCAACGACAAAUCCCUCAGGCGACUAGCAGAGCUAGUAGAGAAGGACUACAACAGCCUGAAGACAUUUGUUGAGAGAAGACUAGUGCUGGGAGAAAGGAUAAAGAAUCCGAGCGCUCCGAGCUAUUGCGGCUGCCACAGCAUCUGGACUGACAAUAGGCGCCCUCGCUGUCACAACCCAGCACACAUUGGGAUACUUGGGAAGGAAUGCUCCAGCAGAACAGAAUUCCUGAACACCAUCCGUGGGCUUCGUAGUAAUGAUCCAGGCGCAGCUGAUGGAAAGGCUAUCAAAAAGCCUACAGAAUACGCAUCUUCUAACAACCUUGUGCCAAAUAACAGCCAUCUUUCAACAGACCAGAGUGACAUGAUCAGCAACUGCCAGAGGAAUCUUAAGACACUGUAUGGUGACAUUGAUGCAUCUGACAUAUUCAUCAUCAGUACUGAGUAUGAGGCAAUGACUCGCGACAGAGGACUGAUGCCUGCCUUAAGACAUGCCAUCUUCAAAGAACUUCAAAAAGCUGACAAGACAGAUAGAAACAUGAUGUACAUGAGGUCUGACACGCUGAUGUUGAAUGACGAUGAUGCAGGAACCAUCUUGAAAAGUCUCUCGAACAGUUUGAGAGGGAUAGAGAUGUUAGGACAGAACCACUCUGACGAUGGGACUGAAGGACAGAACCAUUCAGACGAUGUGACAGACCUGAUAAAGAGCAAAGAAUACUGCCUGCCGAAGUGGGACCAGACAACCAUUCGGAUAGGUAUUAUCAGUGACCGUGGAGCAGCAACUAACACCUUCAUCAGUUCUCUCCUGGGUUAUCGUGAGAAGGUGGCCUCCCGUACAGCAGCUGGGUCCACACAAACAGAGUACACCUCAGCUGACACACAACGCCCACAGAACCUCACUGUGGUCAGAUUUCCUGCAGUGUCAUUUCAAACAGGUGACAGUCCUUGA